CAACUCCAUCCCUCCCUCAGCGAGCGCUUGGACUGCGCCGUGCUUAUCCUCUCGUCAUCCACCGAGCACGUAGUGGUUGCAAGGCAGGUCAUAAAAUGGCUUGCUAACUAAACCCACAACACGCUCGCCACUAAGAAUCCAAAACGACAGCGCCACCGUCCCCUGUCUCUGCGCUGCAUGCGCCCCACCCUCCCACUGGGAAUCGCUGUUUUAGCGUCCCCAUUUUUAACCGGCCCGUCACAGACAUUAAUCGCCAACGGGCGCCGCUGCUUUUCGCUUCGCUAAAAUAGGCCUGCUUGCCUGCUCCUCUUCCCUGCUGUGCGCGUCUUCCUGUCCACUUCUCUCCUCCAUUCCCCAAUCUCUAUAUAUCUAUCCGCAACAACCACAAGAUCGGGGCUCCUGGUAGACAAUGAUCUUCCUAGGAACCAACUGACGCCCUCUAUGCAACGCUCUCAACGAUCGCCAUGGACCACAACAGGCCGCCGCCAGGAAGACCAAACAUGCCAACCCUCCCAUCCAUCACCACCUUGAAUCCCUCCCUUAUUUAUGAAUACAACGUUAGCAACUCUCCCCAGUCCAGGCAGCAGAACCCAUACAGCUAUUCGCACGACCCCUACUACCAACCACGCCAGGUCAAACAUGCCGGUCCCGCCAUGGAUACUGUCGCCUCUGGUGCUCAGGAAACCCCUAGACGAACUGCAGUAGAAGACAACACAGAACCUCAUCGGCCUAAUUCAAAUUCAUAUACCCACUACCAUAAUACAGGACACGCAGCUCGCAAUUCCACUAUCUUACAGCAGCCCGUUUCCCCGUCACAGUGGAAUCGGAACCAACCGCCGACUGACCCAAGACCACAGCCACAGCGCCAGGCAACAAAUGGCGUCCCACAGCCUGCCAAGAGCAUGGAACGAAAACGCAAGCUGCAAGACUUGGAAGAAUCAGCCCCAUAUCCCCAACCACAGAAACAUCGGAAUCCAGUAACAACGCAAAAAAGCCAGGCACUCCCAACACAACAGCAACCACCCAAAGCCAAGAGGCAAGCCUCUACUGCCUCGACAUCUACGGUAUCUGAGCCGGCCAAGAGAUCGAUUAGUCCUUGUAAAAAGCAUCCGUCUGUUUCAAAACAUCAGACUUGGAUACGCACCACAGAAUAUACCGGGAUCCCUCACCCUAUUCGUAAGGCUGAAGAUGUCCACGUUCGCGUUGCGAACAAUCCUCGCAUUAAGAACAACAACUGUAUUGACGAUCAUGACGGAUAUUAUUUGGUGAUUCCCGACACUGGGCUUUCGCCACGAUAUCGUAUCUCCAAGUUGCUAGGACAGGGCACGUUUGGUAAAGUUGUUCAGGCCACAGAUUCAACUUCCAACGAACCUGUUGCCAUCAAAAUCGUGCGCUCUGUGCCAAAGUACCGGGAAGCGGCUCGCCAGGAGCUCCGCGUAUUGCGCACUUUGGAAGCAAACGAUACGGCCAAUCGUUAUCGCUGUUUACACCUCCGCGAUUGCUUCGAGUAUCACAGCCAUAUUUGCAUAGUCACAGACCUGCUUGGCCCUAGCCUGUUUGACUUUUUGAAGAACAACAACUUUGCGCCGUUCCCGUUUAUGCAUGUGCAAAGCAUGGCGAAGCAGAUCCUGACCAGUAUUGCCUAUGUACAUGACUUAGGCCUAAUACAUACCGAUCUAAAACCCGAAAAUAUUUUGAUUCGCGACCCUGCAUCACGCCCAGAACCCUUUGUCAGGCGUGUGCCACCACCAGCAUCUUGCGAGAAUCCCGAGGCGACAGAACGACAAGUAUUGCUGAGUACAGACGUCAAGCUUAUUGAUUUUGGAUCUGCGACGUUUCAAAACGAAUUUCACGCCUCUAUAGUUUCCACGCGCCAUUACAGGGCUCCCGAAGUGGUGCUGGGACUGGGAUGGUCCUUUGCUUGUGAUAUUUGGAGCGUGGGAUGCAUCCUGGUGGAACUAUUUACAGGUGCCAACAUUUUUCAAACUCAUGACAACAUAGAGCAUCUCGCCAUGAUGCAAGUUUUGCUUGGUGAGGACAUCAGUCUUGACAUGAUCAACCAGUUUGAUGAAGCGUGGGUGAAGAAGAAGAAGACGACGCCGCAGACACCCGAAAUGGCUGGCGAGGCUGCGUCACCUUCAGCAAAUCCCUUUCAGGGCUACUUUAAGGAUGGGAAGCUCAACUAUCCUAGCGACGAGACCCCGCGAGGCUCCAAGAAGCUUGUCAAGAUGACCAAGCCUCUAGAGGAGCUGGUACCUAAAUCGAACUCAUUCCUGGCGCAGUUUCAUGACUUGUUGAAGCAGAUGCUCACUCUGGAUCCCACACGUCGGAUGACGGCUAAGGUUGCCCUAGCCCACCCAUGGUUUGAAGAGUAUGAUUAUAGUGACCAGAGGGUCCACGAAUUGCAGUCUCCAAAACUGCACAGCGACUGUCAGGGUGAGAAGGAAAGUUGCAUUCAAAUUCCGGCGUCUGCAUAAAAUAUGUAAAAGCGUUUUUUUGGGGCCCCUACAGCACAGUGGGCAAUUUGCUUUAUUCUUUGGUUUUACGUCGAAGCAUACAAAACAUGUACAUCUAGCUACAGCGUUAUGAAUAUGGAAAUGAAUCAUUUUGGAUUGU